GGCUCGUGCAGAGAGAAGAGGACGCCAGCCAUGGAGGAGGGGAUCCGAAAGAGGGGUCUGCUCUACCUGCAGCAGCAGCGAUUCGGGAAGAAGUGGAAAAAGGUUUGGUCGGUCCUGCACCGUGAGAGCACCUGCUCCAUCUCACGCCUGGAGUUCUUCGAGAGUAAAGACGGAGGAACUGGAACGCUGGAGAAACCCAAAGCCAAGCAGGAGAACAAAAAGGUGAUAAGGAUGAGCGACUGUAUUCGCGUCUCGGAUGCCGAUGUCGACGGCUGUCCGAAAGACUGCAGGGCCUUCCUGGUGGAAACCACAGAGAAGAUCUUCGUGUUUGCAGUGGAGACAGCAGAACAUGAGGACUGGAUACAGAAGCUGUGUGAAAUCGCAUUUCCUAUGAACUGGGGUGAAAGAGCGGCGGCGCGGCGGAACAGUCUACCCACCGAAUUCAGCGAUGUUUCGAUGACCCAGAACUCGCUCUACGGCGGUAAAGAGGCCGUGAUGAAGGACUUUAAGGUGACCAUGAGACGCACCGACGCGGCGGACAGGUGCUGCCUCCAAGGACAUUACCUGCUCCGGACAGACUUUGACAGCCUCCUUCUGAAAGACCCGAAGACGGGCGAGGUUCUCUUCACCUGGCCGUACUGCUACCUGCGCAGAUUCGGGAAAGACAAGACCACGUUCUCCUUCGAGGCGGGCAGACGGUGCCAGUCCGGCGAGGGCAACUUCGAGUUUGAAACCAAGCUGGGCAACAACAUUUUCCAGUACAUCGAGGAGGCCAUCAACAUCCAGAAGGCGGGUUUGUCUCAUCAACAGGCCGAUCAGGACGGCGUUCCACAGCCACCCAAACUCACGCCCCCUCCAGAAGACGGUGCCGCCACCGUCUACAGCAUGUUAAACCAGGGUGGCAUAAUCGAGAGACCCAAACACACCUCGCCACACCGAUCGCUGGAAAUGCCGGCGGACAAGCACCUCACCGGGGUCAAGAGUCUCAACCUGGACAUGCGACCUCAACCGAAAAAGAGUCAGGUCAAGAGCUUCCGGAGCUGCCCACUGGUGAGCACUGAGGACGACGACCCGACGUACUCCAGGGUCGCCACGCAGGCCCCUCCAGUCCCACAGGAGAGGAGUCCGAAACGAGUCGAGCAGGACGAACCGAACCGAACCUUCCACCCGGCAUCCAGAUCCGACGACCCGGAGUACUCGCUUCCCUUCGACAACAUCGCCAAGAACACCAUGACGGACAUCCUCACGUCGUCGCACAUGGCAGUGCCCACCGUACUCGAACCCGGCGUGAGGAGCGCCGAGCCCCUGUACGACAGCAUCGACGAGUCCGCCAUCAGACCUUCCUGCCAACACCGACCGCCGAAACACUCCAAUAAAUACACUCGACCCGAACACAUCUACGACGAGCCCGAGGGUCGCGCGGCCGCACCCGGCGUCCCUACGGCGCUCUACGAUGACCCCGAGGAGGUCAAAGGUCAGGCCUGGAAGGUCCAGGCCGCCGGGGACCCAAGCGGUCACGAGUACCCGUAUAACUCGCAGGUGGACGACUACGCCGUUCCCAAACCUCCCCGAAGGGCAAACGUACCCAAGCAGGAGAAAGAGGAAGCGAGCGAGGACUCGUCACCGUACGAUAACGUCCAGCGGAUGAGAGACGUGUGACUGUGGACCGAUUUUGUCUUUAAUAUACGAAGUUCUUGCUGAACACAAGAAACACUCGCACGAAGACGCCGAUGCUUUUUCAUAAUUCUGAUUGUCGGAUUUUUACCUUCUGAGGUAAACUAAGAAGUUACCUAAGUUCUCGAGGUCCUCAAAAAAGACCAAUUUAAAUAUGAAAUAUAAUCAACUGUGUACAUACGAGCUAACAAAGUAAAUAAAAUGAUAUUUUAACGAU